AUGGCAGCGCCGCAAGCGCAAGCGCUUCCGUUGGCACUGCCGGACAUCGAAGGACUCGUCAAGACCUUGUAUGACCCUGGCCAUGCGAGGAAAAUCCCCGAGACGGAAGCUACGCUACGUGUGUUGCAGAGGUCCCCACAGGGCUGGGAGAUCGGCGACGCUCUGCUGAACAGUACUGACGAGAACGUACGGUUCUUCGGGGCGCUAACACUUACUGUGAAAGUAAAUGCCGAUUCGGCAGGAUUGAGCGAAGAACAGUCGGCGCAGUUACUUUCCAAGCUUAUCUAUCAUCUUGUGACGCGUCCAAGCUCCUCCACCGCAACCCGGAAACUAUGCUCGACGCUUGCUCAAUAUUUCACCAAGCCCAUCUCAUCAUGGGUGGAAUGCAUCCGAAGUCUGACACUCUCGUUCGCUUUGCAGCGGCCAAUCCUGGAUGAUGCGCUCGACAGUCACUCUUCGACCUGGGAUGUUCUUCCUCCGCUGGCCGAUGAGCAGCUUUUGACGCUACUGGAAUUCGCAAUGAACCUUGCUGAUGAGACAAAGAGGUUGUCAAAUAGCCCGGACCGAAGGCCCCACGAACGUCUGAUAGCGAACGUUGAAAGCAUAGAAGUUCUGUUGCAGGUCGCUUUUGGACGAGGCAUCAAAUACUUGUCAACACCGCCGAAUGAUCCAAACCAUGAGCGGCUGAUACAAGUUGGAGAAAAAUUAUGCGUCGCAUCUUUCGAAUGCUUCCUUGGCUGGAUCUUUUACGCGCAGUCUGAGUUCAAAGCUGUACCUGAAAAGCUUAAGCACCUUCGCUCAGUCACUGAGCUGUCCUUCUCCUGCCUCGAAUAUCAUGUUGAUGAUGCUAUGGAACAUAUUGCCAAUGUACUCGAGGGCUACCCAAAAUUCUUCGAAGAGAAACACCUGCACAUGUUAUGGGUAAUAAUCACGAGCCAAUGGGGUCUUGACAUCCUCAAGAAUCUUGACGCGGAGACGGUCUCGCUGGCGAGGAUAAUAGUCGGUUACGGGACCGAGUUGGUCGAGACGAAGAAACUCUACCAAGAACCUGACAAUCCUCAUCAUCAGCAAGUCUCAUCUUUUCUCCAUGAAUUACUCAAGUAUCCAGAACCGGUUGGCGUUGAGGACGAGGUGGCCCUGCUCACGCUAGAUUUCUGGAGUACUUACAUUUCCGCCAUAGCCGAAGAGUCUUUCCUCUUUUUAGAAGGGGAGCACCCUCCCUGGUUUGUCGUUGCAAGGAGCAAUGUCUUCCAAGCAAUCGCUGAAUUGCUGCAAAAGAUUAUCUAUCCACCUUCAGAGAUCACCAAAACCUGGGACUCAGACUCUAAGAAGACCUUCAAGGUGUUUCGUAUGGACGUUCGAGACAUCACAAUGGAGGCUUUUGAAUUGUUACGGGACGAGCUGACCGAGCAAUUCAUCGACUUUUCCUUACAGUCUCUACAGACAAAGCAGUGGCUCGAUCUUGAAGCAGGACUCUUCUGCUUGAUAUCAGUUGCUGACGCCUUAACUGCUGUUGAUGACAAGCUCAGUCGGCUAUUUGAGCGACCAGUGUUCACGACUAUAUCCGAGAAUACUGGCAUCCCUGCUGUAACACGUAGGACGGCAGUCGAACUUGUCGCAGCGUUCAACCAUUUCUUCUUGCGCAAACCGCACUUCUUGCCGCAAGUUCUUCCGUUCUUGCUCGGCGCUUUGGCUCAGCCAUCGCUUGCCCAAGGUGCUGCGAAGUCCUUCGCUUCGCUGUGUUCGGAAUGCAGGAAGACGCUGACCGGCGAGCUUCCGUCAUUCUUCCAAAUGUAUGACCAGUUCCUUACGUAUCCGACUGCGGAGGAGUCUACGAAGAGUAAAGUCUUAGAAGGCAUUGCGGCGAUUGUGCAGGCAGAAUCAUCCGAAGAAAAGCAAUUGACCGGUCUACAACACCUAUUCCAGUAUAUCGCUCAAGAUGCGAUGCAAGCUCUUAAUCUCACCAAAGACGGGAAUGAUCCAGAGCAAGGGUUAGUAUUUGCCUUGACCGCUUUGAAGUGUCUCUCUUGCAUCGGGAAAGCGCUUCAAGCUCCAGAUGACGGUGUUGUCGACUUGGAUGGGACGAACAAUGGCUCAUCGUUCUGGACACAAGGCCCCGGAAAGGACCUACAAACCCAGGUCAUCAAUUUCAUCAGCUACCUUACCCAGGUGUUUCCUGCGAAUGACGAGAUCAUCGAGUCCGCUUGCAACACUUUGCGGGCCGGGUUCAAAGAAAUGGGACCAGGACCUUUCGUACUGCCUGCAGCUGCUGCGGUCGACUAUGUGAUGAGAACUACGCUGCAGACGCCUCGGUUAACUUACGUGUUGGAGACAGCAUGUUGCUGGGUCUCUUGCCAUAAAGGAUCAAGUGACUUUGAAAAACAAGCACAGCGCCUUCUCCAUUACGAUCUAGGGAUCAUGCAAGCGCUCCAACAUCCAAGGAAUGAGCCAGAGGUCUCCGUUGGAUGCAUCGAGCUUAUCCAGAGCUUCAUUAAGCAGAACGCUUCCAUCCUGAAGCAUGAGCAUCCGGAUGUACUAAAAGGCACUUUCGAAUUUUCCGUCGAAUGUAUCAAGUCGCCAGAGGUUUUGCCAAAGAGAGCCGCAGCCUCUUUAUGGCGGGACAUCAUCGAGAAGACCGCUAGUAGUGGCAGUCCAGACCAAGUGAUGUGUCAAGAAAUUGUCGAUCAUUUCGGGCAAGCAGUCACAUCUGCCUUGAUCACGAAUAUAAGUGGCGAAGUUGAUGCUUCCAGUCUGGAACAUAUUGUUAUUCCACUUCGGAAGCUCAUUCAAAACGACCGUCACUCUAAGGCCUACAUAAGCUCUGCACUGUCGGAGCAGCCACUUUUGCAGAGGUUGCAGGGUGAACAAGCAGUGCAAGACAUGAUCAGAAAGUUCAUUGAAAGCUUAAUGCGGAACGCGAAGAAUUCGACCGCGUUCAAGGAAGCAGUCAAGGCGUUCUGGCAGAGCUGCAAACAGCUCCAGAUGCAAUUUGCCCCGCAGAUGAUGCAUCCAGGACAUCGCUUCAACUACUAG